CGGAAAUACCGAAAGCUGAUCGUCGCGACCGCGCGCAAUCGUGCCGACGGCUGCUCGGUGAGCGACAGAGAGUGCCGGGAGACCUCGAAGGGACGAUGAGAUGCGAAACUACGAUGGAAAAAAGGAACGCCGAUGGAGAUCGGAUGUUCACCGCGGCUGGGCCACGCCGCGCAAACGCGUGAAAAAAUCGUUGUUCUGGCACACGCUGGUGAAAUACACGAAGCUGUACUGCAAGUACACGAAGCUGGCCGGGUUCAGGUACUUCGUCGAAGCGAGGACGUCAUGGUUCGACAGAUUGUUUUGGGGUCUGCUGUACGUGAUAACCGUGCCUGCCAUGAUCUAUACGAUCUGGACGGGAUACUUGGAAAUUAUGGAGAAUCCUUGCUUGCAAACUGUGGAGACGGAAUACGUGGAGACUCAGAAUUUGGAUUUUCCAGGCGUGUCGAUCUGCAGCAUAAAUCGAAUCAGCCGUCAGGCCGCCAAGGAACUGGCCUACGAACUUUCCCAGCGGAACGUCUCCCGGCUGUCCGCCGACGAAAUUUUCGAACUGAUCGCGCAGCUGGGCGACCUCUACGAUUCCGAUUCCUACACCAAGCUGAAUCGAACGACACGGAUCGAUCAGAUUCUGGCACAGUUCAGCGAUUACGAUAUCACCGACGUAAUGAGGCGCCUGACGCCACAAUGCUCGGUCUUGCUGACGAAAUGCCGGUUCCACGACAAGGACGGAAAUUGCUCGGACAUGUUCGCGUUUCGUAAAACGCAGGACGGAUUCUGUUGCACUUUCAAUUACGCCACCAAGGGCGACGAUAUCUCCUUGCUGGAUCCAGUCAAAGUGGACGUCUUGGGCAAAGAUGGCGGGCUCUCGGUCCUGAUGGAGUCAGUCUUGGACGAUUAUCUUUAUCCUAUCUUCCCCAUCACCGGCUUCAAGGUAACGAUUUUCAACCCUCACGACUACCCGGACAUGACCAGCGGGGGCGUGAUCGAGAUCUUCGUGUCUCCCAAAACACAACGAGACGUAGAAAUCGAGGCGAUAUUGUUCUACAGCACCACCAAUGUCAUACCAUAUGCGUUGAAACACAGAUACUGCGUGUUUCAAGAGGAAAUGGCAGCGGUCCGUGCAUCUUACACUUACAGCGACUGCAUCGUCGACUGCAAGGUGGCCGACAUGCUCAAUCUGUGCAACUGUGUGCCGUUCUUUCUGCCUAAUCGAGAGUCCAAGAGAGUCUGCAAUUUGAAAGACACGGUGUGCCUGACGAAGAACAGAUACAGAUGGGCCUCCGUGGUGCCAAACACGGAUCUGUACAUACACGCGGCCGAUAAUUCUGACAAUGUUUUGCACUGCAACAAUUGCUAUCCAUUGUGCACAGACGUGAAUUACGAAGCGAAGAUAAUGCUCACUCAAAUACACCCUGGUUAUCGCGGAUCGAAAUUAAUGCAGAAUGCCUACUUCGAAAACCAGAGUACUUUGAAUGUAUACUUCAGUCGUUUCGGCACUACCAAGUUGAAGCAAGACGUGAUUUAUCGAUGGUACGAGCUUGUGGGCGACGCCAGUGGCAUCGGCGGCAUCUUCGUCGGGUUCAGCCUCAUCGCUGUCGUGGAGUUCGUUUACUUCGUCGGUCUUUUCGUGUUCGAGCUUUUAAAGGGACCAGAUCCGUCUGAGGUCGGCGCCGAGGACGAAAGCUGGCGCGAACGACCUCCGAUACAGAAGAUUUACUGGGGCGAGCUGUAUCCGAGAUCGAGGCAGAACGUGGCGGCGAAACGGCACCAUCAAAUUCGCGAGAUGUAUUAGCGUGCGCCGCCUAAGUGCUACGGACAAUUUUCGCAGCCGCUCCUUCUGUGCGAACAUUCUCUCCUCGGGACAUAUGUAAUCAUUUCGAAAAACUACGAUUCUCUUACGUAUAUCAAUUCUCUCUUAUGAAAUUUUCUAGCCACAUUUACGAGAACACGUUAAACUUUCAACAGCUAAUAAAUCGUUUAAUUGUACAGUCUUCGAA